AUGCGCUCUUCUGCAUCCACAGUAUUUACAGCACUCCUUCUUGCUGCCGCGGAGGCAUUUUCUGAUACCGCUGAUGCAGCCAUUGUCCGCGAUGUGGUAAUCGUCGGUGGUGGCGCUUCUGGGGCACAUGCAGCGGUGCAGCUACGCGAUAUGGGGAAAACCAUCGCACUGGUCGAGAAGCGAGACAGGCUUGUGAGCUAUGAUGCUGCCGCUGCCCAUCAGUUUACUGACGGACUGUUUCAGGGAGGGCACACUGAGACGUAUCAUGACCCCGCCACCGGUAAGAACAUCAAUGUCGGUGUUCAAGCUUGGAAUACGUACAAGAAUUCCACAAACUUCAUAACCGAACGCAUGAACAUGUCGAUUAUGGCGAAACCACAGACCUCUCUUACCACCAAGUACGUGGACUUCACGACUGGCCAAAUCUUGCACAACUAUGUGGCUCCUACAAGCAUGGAGGUGCUUGCCGCCCUCAAGAGGUACCAUGAACUGUGCGAGCAAUACGAGCAUCUGCUUCUACCAGGCUUCUUCGACUUCCCACUCCCGGGUGACAUUCCCGAGGACCUGACACUUUCUUUCAGAGACUUUGUGGACAAAUACAAUAUCUCGGCUGCCGUUCCACGACUGUUUGAGCUGACUGGCAUGGGUGUCGGUGACAUCGAGAGUAGCCUGCUGAAGAAAAGCAGCAUGAACACCGCCACAAUGUAUGUGAUGCAGGCUGCGGGUGCCCCUUUGACAGGCAUCUUCUUUGGAGAGACAAGCAACGUGGUCCCGGUGUCAGCGGACCUCUGUGAGCUGUAUUCAAAGAUUGGCAGUUUACUCGGCCACGAUGUGCUCUAUUCCAGCACUGUGGUAUCUUCUGUACGUGGUGCCAACGACACAGGUGUCACGAUCACGGUGAGAGCUGCAGACGGAACCAGGAAGCGAGUUGAAGCCAAGCGCCUCCUGCUCGCUAUUGAACCUAGCGAGGAUAACAUGGCCCCUUUCGACUUGGACGAAAGCGAGCGGACCGUCUUCUCCAAGUUCCGAUCUUCGAACGUUUAUGUCGGCGCGGUGAGAAACCCGUCGCUAGUAGUAAAUCAAUCCCUGACCAACAUGCCAGCCACUGCAGAGUCAUCGAACUGGACGACACUUCCGCUUCCACCGUUUAAUUCGCGGAUCGACUACUUCGGCCAGGACAGUGACCUUUUUCGUUUUCUCAUGGUCGCUAACACUGACCUUGGCACAAAUGGAGCGCGAGAUCUUGUCGUUGAUGGUUUUAACAAAAUGAAAGAGAGUGGAGUGCUUGCCGCCACUGACCAGAUGCUCCAAUUCGCUGCUCUUGAGGAUCAUGGGCCAAUGCACAUGCGGGUGGAGGCCAAACACAUCAAGGCCGGGUUCAUACAGGCCCAGUACGCGCUCCAGGCCCAUCGCUCGACGUGGUGGACUGGAGCAGCGUUUUCGGCUCAAUUUACUACCGUGCUUUGGGCCUUCAAUGAUUUGCUGCUGCCGAUGAUGGUCGAGAGUAUGUAG